AGCUUAGCCGUUUGGGCCCAAUCUGCGCGGAGCCAGGAGCGAAAGGAAUUGUGCCGAGCUUGAGCCGCAAGGGAUCAGGACUUGAACGGGCUCCGGGAGCCACUUGCCUCAGCGUAACGGCACCACUGCCCUAUUGAGCAGCACCAGCCGCGGCAAGCACAGCCACUUGUGAGGCCCGCGCCGCACGCCUAGCACGGCAUGGCUGCAGCGCAGGAGGAUGACGACUUGCGCGCCCUCGCCGAGAGGUCUGGCAUAGCCGCGUACUUGAAGGACGCCCUCGCGGUGCUGCUCGAGGUGCGGCCAGAGGACCCGCUUCCGUUCCUGAGCGCCUACUUCAAGCACGCGUCCCACCCGACGACCUCGCCGCCCUGGCGUGGUACCUGAUCCGCGCCUAACCUUUGGCAACCUCCGACCGAUCGCGGCCCUGCUUCCCAGACAACCUCUUCAGCGCGUUCUGCGCCCUGAGCCGCGGCCACGCUGACGCCGUUCCCGCCGCUGGCAACGCCGCGUGCCCCAGCCGUUGCGCUGAGGCGGGCGCCCGCGUGGAGCGCGGCAUGCCCCUCGAGAGAUUGGAGGCGCUGCUGCGCGAGGUCUGUUCCCCGCUGCCGCCGGAAGUGUCCCGGGGGCUGCUGGCCGAGGUGGGCCGCACGCUCGGCGGAGCGCCGGGCGGCCUCGUGGGGUUCCAGGAGUUCUCGCUGGCAGUCGAGACCUGUCUCGACGCUGUGUGCGCACUGGAGAGGCUGACGCGUGCCCUGGACGGAAAGCCCUCGACCAGUCUGACCGGGGAACUGUGCGACUGGGCGACCUUGUAGCGGUGGCCGAGGCGUCGGAGGCUGGCGAGAGCCGCGAUGCCGUGCCAGCGCUUGCGGAGCUCCUACCGCCAGCGGCGGUGCUGCGGGAGCAGCUGGCGGGGCUCGGGGCAACAGAGGACGGGAGUGGCCGCCGGAGAGCUGCUCGUCUUGGCUUGGCGGGACCAGCAGGGCGCCCGCGCCGGCCCGGGCGGCGAGGAAGGCCACCCAGGCGCGCCCGAGCGCGAGCACGCGAGCUGAGGCCGCGGCCGCGCGUCGCCGCGCUGCCCCCACCACGGCAUGCGCCGCGGACGUCGGAGGGUCCAGGGCUCCCCGGCGGACCAGGGCCGCAGCCGUGCCGCGCGGAGUCGCCGCGGAGUCUUUGUGCUCUCGAUCGUGAUAGGAGGGCCCCCCAGGCCCGCGAAGCAGGGCGAAAUCGUGCGCCGGGGGAAAAAACUGCGACGCCAGGAUCUCGGGCACGAAGGAGGAGCCCCCAGGAUGGAGGAACAAAACCUCCAGAGUAGAGGUUGAUCCUCCGUUUUUGAACGCGUUUGAUCCUCGGGGGAGGCGGGGCGCCGCCAGGGCCGAGGCGGCGGGGAUGGCGGCAGACGCCCUCCAGGGCUGGGCGCCGCCGUGCGGCCCGCCGCGCGCGGCAGUGCCCCGCCCGCCGCAAUGGAGCCGUCUGGGGAGGAGGAGAAGGCGGCCGCCCGCGUCGCCGCGCUGUCUCCGGUCUCGAAAGCGAGGCUCGCGCGCGCCCAGGUCGAGAGGAUCCUUGAAGACCCAGCCACCUUCGACUUUCUGUGCGAGCAGUCCUUCGAGGCCUACGACCGGGAGGGGUCUGGCCAGCUGACGCUCCCUGACGUCUUCCCGAUGGCCAGGGGCUUGUUGGAGUCGCUCGGCCGCCCCGCGAACUGCGACGCUGUGGCGGCGGCCUGGGAGGUGCACUGCGACAAACACCAGCGAGUGAUGUCCCUGGAGCAGUUCCGGCACUUCUUGCGGGCGCUGUUCAAGGAUGGCCUUGAUCGCGGCGGCGCUGUCUACCAGGACCGGUCAGAAGAGGCUCACCAGGGUGUGAGAUCUGGAGCAGCUUCUGCCGGAGUCCAGCACGACCGUUCCUGCACGGGCGUUUCGCCAGAGUUGGCGGAGACACGGGCGAGCCAGAGAGAAGACGACGGGGCGGCCCGGGCCUCGCUGGCGCGCGCGGCCGCUCCAGAGGGGCAGGGCGGCCGUGGCGACGGCGCGCCGAGCGCUGCUCUGGGAGACGGCGCGCCGCCGGCGGCGGCUGUGCCCGCUGCCCCGCCCCGGCCCAGGCAGCAGCAACCAGCCGCCGCGGCGCAGGUGACCCAGGACCCCAGGGUGACCCCGACGCUGUCGAGGCCCGGGGUGUCACAAGCAGCAGCCGGCGCGGUGGCGUGGCACACGAAGCCCGUCGCCCCCGAGGAGCGCGCGGGCGGCGCAGCGCUGCCGCCCCCGCUCCAGGACCAGCUGGCCGAAGCCUUUGCACGACUGCCCCCUGACGCCGAGAGGCUUGGCCGUGCCGCACGCUCGGCCGCUGCCGCCCCCAGCGUGGACCUGUCUUCGGCCUGCUUCGAGGGCCGCCCCGGAGUGCUGACAUCGCUGGAGGCCGCGCUGGCUCGCGCGUACGUACUUCUCGGCGCGCUGGAGCCCACGGGGCUCUUCGAGGACGCCGACUUCGGACCAAGGCCCUCCGACCCGCUGGGCGCCGCGGCGCUCAGCUGUGAGUGCUUGCCGCCAGAGGCGGCAGCACCGCGCGCCGAGGACGUCGCUUGGCUGCGGCCCCACGAGUGGCAGGAGCGGGGCGAGGUCCGCUUUGCGGGGCCCCUCUGCGCCGUGGAGCCAGGCGCGUUCGACAACGGCUGGCUGGCCAGCGCGCUCGGGGCGCUGGCCUUGCGCGAGCCGCUGCUGCUGGGGGGCGCGGCCUCCGGGCUCCAGGAGCCGCUCGGGGUGUUCCCACGCCUGUUCUGGGACCCCGAGAUGCGGAGGCGCGGCCUGUACUGCUUCCGCUUCACGAAGCACGGCCAGUGGCUGUACGUGAUCAUCGACGACCGCUUGCCGUGCUUCUCGUCCUCCCGGCUGCCGCUGGGCAUAUCCGCCCUGCGCCCUGACGAGGGCGUUCCGCCGCUGUGGGCGCCUCUGGUCGAGAAGGCGUUCGCCAAACUCCACGGCAGCUACGCGGCCUUGUGCCCGGGCGUCGUGGACCACGCGCUGGAGGACCUGACGGGGUGGCCCACAGAGAUGACUCGGCUGCCCCAGCGCGGUGUCGGUGGGGGCGGCGCCCCUGGGGAGAAGUCACAGGAGCCCAGCGAUGAUGGGCUGUUCGAAAGCCUCAGGCAGGAGCUGUCCGCCGGCUCGCUGCUGGUCUGCCGGGCGGCCUCCUCUGGCGCAGGGGCGGAGCCCGCACCGGACGAGCUGCUGGUGCACGUCGACGCCGACACAGUGGGCCUGUCAGGCCCGACGCCGUUCUGCACCGGCGUGCACCGCAGCCCUGCGUACCCGGUGCUCCAGCUGGCGGAGGUGCGGGCGCGGACCGGCGAAGGCGUGCGCCUUGUGCGGCUGCACGACGCGGCCGGCUUCUGCGGGGGCCACGCUUGGGGCGGGCGCUGGGGUGACGAGCACGCGGCCUGGAGGGACGACCCUGGCGUCGCAGACCAGCUCCUCUCUGGGGCCGCCGGCGUGCCCGCCUCGGGGCCGCACUCGUUGCUGCCGCCGCGCGGGAGGCCGAGGGACUGCGGCAGGGUGCUCCGGCGGCAGGCGCUGCUCGAUGGUGGGCCAGGCCAGGCCGUGCCGCGCGGCGACCACGACGGCACGUUCUUCAUGCUGUUCUCGGACUGGCUGCAGGUCUUCGGCUACCUCGCCGUGAGCAGGCCGCUGACGCCCGAGAACGGUUGGGCGUACAGGGCGUGGCGGGGCCGGUGGACGCAGGGCACGUGCGGCGGCACCCCGCUCCCCAUUUGCCUCCGGGGCCGCCCGGCGCCACUCUCCACCCAGGAGGACUGGGCCCGGAACCCGCAGUGCCGCCUCGCUUUGGGCGGCGGGGAGGCCGCGCACGUGGAGGUCUUCGCGACGCUGCAGCAGCGCGACGCGCGGAUGGUGCCCGGGUCGACCUUCCCAUUCGACGACCGCUUCCAUGAGCUCUUCUUAAGCUGCCACGGGCUGGACGCGCCAGGCCAGCGGCUAGAUUUCCUCGACAAGAAGCGGAUCGUCAAGCCAGGAGGGUUUUCGAUGAUCAGCCGUCGGAGGGAGGUCCAUUUGCGGCUCAAGCUGAAAGCACCUGGCAGUUACGCGUUCGUGCCCUCGCUGUGGGAGGCAUCCAUAGAGGCUGAGGAGCCGUUCCUGCUCCGCCUGUGGCUGCGCUGCGACCCCGCGCGCAUGGAGCUCGAGGCCCCGGAGCAAGAGGGCUGGGAAAUGCUCGCUUGAGGCUUCCUGGGACCACUAUCGGGCGUCCUCGCCUUUGUCCCGGCGAG